AUGUGGCUACCGCAUCUGGCCAAGAAGACUGUCUACAAGGGGUUCAUGUACCUGAUGCCGUCAAGCUAUUCGCUGUCGGCGCUGGAUGAUGGUGUCACGACUGAAAUGACCGUGGGGCAGUACAUCAAGAAGCAUUACAAGCUCCGACCGAACGACAAGUACAGCAUGUCGAGGUGUCGCAACGUAGGAUUGAUGAGUAGCUGCGAGUGA